AUGAUUUUGGUGAUUUUUUUCCCUUAUGAAUUUAAUAGAAACCAGCACCAAAUCAAUGGAUAUUUACAUUAUAAGAGUAGAGCCAUGACGCAUAUUGUCGUACUGCCUAGCUUGCUACCUGAACUACUACCGAAAGCCUCAGCUAAUUCUCCAAAGCAUAUUCGCUUAUUUUGUCAGAUACUUAGUUACGAACCGAGUAGGUUUAUGCUUACAGUAGGGAAGGUCCCCAUGCUUUCCAAUGUCGACAAUGACCCAAUUGACAUCAAUGUUAAAGAGUUACUAGCAACUCUGACUUCAAGUUUGAGUUUUGAAGUGGGCGAUGUAAUAGAAAUUGAUGGGUGCUUCAAUGGGAGAAAGGUGGAGCCAAUAUCAAUUUGUGAGAUGCAAUGGCUGGACGUUACAAUAGAGAAGCUACAAGUGUUGGAUUAUAUGAGUGAUAUGAAACCCUUGUGA